AUGGUAAACUGGCUGGUGGUGACAUUGAACACUGUUAAUUUACUGGAGAAAUCUCGAGUGGUGAGGCAAGCGCCUGGCGAACGUAGUUACCACAUUUUCUACCAAAUGAUGUCCGGCUAUCAUCCAAAACUUAAACAGGAAUUACAUCUAACGAACGACCUGAAAUACUACCACUUCUGCUCACAAGCUGAGCUCACCAUUGAUGGAGUUGAUGACAAGGAAGAAAUGGGUCUUACACAG